AAGCAAAAUGAUUCUUAUCAAAACAAAAACAGCUGAUAUGCGGAGGGGUAGGUUAAUAACCCUCACCAGCCCCUCAUCGGUCCACCGGCUGGGACUUACACUUAUCAAUUAGCGUCUUUAUUACUGACCCGCCUGGUUUAUGUGCUAGCGUAUUUAUUUUUGCCUCCUAGACGAGAAUUCUUCGAGUUCUGUUUUCAGUCUAUCUGCUCGUGUGCUCGCAUCUAGCAGCCGAAUUCGAGGAAAAUUUGUCAAUUUGGCAAGGUCAAGCAAGGUCUUUGGCAUAGUUACGAACGAAUUUUCUAUUAAGUGUGUGGGUGGAGAAAGUAAAGUGUAUCAACAAUGGCACAGCUGAGACAACUGAGACACCUGGGACUGGGUGCUACACUGACUCCAAGGAUAAGUCAUUUGGGAUCAUCGGCAAUAGCCCAAAAACGUUGGCAAUCAUCAUCAUCAUCCAUUGGAGAUUACGAUCUGGUUGUGGUAGGCGGUGGAAUCGUUGGUGCAGCCUCGGCCAGAGAAAUCCUACUGAGACAUCCUACACUCAAAGUGGCUGUUGUGGAGAAGGAAAAGAAACUGGCUGUCCAUCAAAGUGGGCAUAAUUCGGGAGUAAUACAUGCUGGCAUUUAUUAUAAACCGGGCACCCUCAAGGCCCGCCUCUGUGUGGAGGGAUUGCAUUUGGCCUACAAGUAUCUAGAUGAGCGUAAGAUUCCAUAUAAGAAAUGCGGCAAACUGAUUGUCGCCACCGACGAGAAGGAGGUCAAAUUGCUGGAGGAUCUGCAUCAACGUGGCAUAGCCAAUAAGGUUCCCGAUCUUCGUAUGAUUGACGGUGAUCAAAUCAAAGAGAUUGAACCCUAUUGCAAAGGUGUUAAAGCUCUGCAUAGUCCUCAUACAGGCAUAGUCGAUUGGGCCUUGGUCACUGAACAUUAUGGCAAUGACUUUAAACUGGCUGGUGGUCACAUUUAUCUCGAUUACAAUGUUAAGAAAUUCAGUGAAACCAAGGAAGGCAACAGUGCUGAAUAUCCAGUGACCAUCCAUGGAUCCAAACCGGGUCAAACUCUGCGUACACGAAAUGUUUUAACCUGCGGAGGUCUGCAAUCCGAUUUGCUGGCCGAGAAGACGGGUUGUCCACGAUCACCGCGCAUUGUUCCCUUCCGUGGAGAAUAUCUGCUGCUCUCCAAGGAGAAACAGCAUAUGGUUAAGGGCAAUAUUUAUCCAGUGCCCGAUCCCCGUUUCCCCUUCCUGGGUGUGCACUUUACUCCACGCAUGGAUGGCUCCAUUUGGCUGGGACCAAAUGCGGUGUUGGCCCUUAAGCGAGAGGGUUACACCUGGGGCGACAUCAAUCUGUUGGAGCUGUUUGACGCAUUACGCUAUCCGGGAUUCCUUAAGAUGGCCAGCAAAUAUAUUGGAUUUGGCCUCAGUGAAAUGUCCAAAUCGGCAUUUAUUAAUCUGCAAACGAAAGCCCUACAAAAGUAUAUCCCGGAUAUCAAUGAAUAUGAUAUUCAACGGGGUCCAGCCGGUGUUCGGGCUCAAGCCUUGGAUCUGCAGGGCAAUCUGGUUGAUGAUUUCGUCUUCGAUCGCGGCGAGGGUGAGGGAGCAUUGGCGAAACAAGUUCUUCAUUGCCGUAAUGCUCCAUCGCCGGGUGCUACAAGUAGUUUGGCCAUAGCCAAGAUGAUUGCCGAUAAAAUCGAAGUGGAAUUCAACAUUGGAAAGUAAUCGAAAUACAAAAAGGACAAGUGUUGAUAUUGGGUUGGAAAAUUGCUUCAAAAGUGGUAAUACCAAAACCGAUUUCGUAAAAAGAUAAAAUUUUCAAAAAUAUGAAAAUUUCAAAUCAAUUAUGGCCUUAAGAUGCAUUUUUAGCCCUCUGACUGUUCCAUCUAGAACUAUUAAUUGUUGUGCAUUUCUUUGUUUUAACUUAUAAAAGUGUCAUUAUAUUUUCAUACAAAAAAAAAACGAAUCAUGCUUUAUCUAA